AUGUACCCGGGCCUUGUGGAGCUCAGGCUCGCGAAUGUCGAGAAGCUCACAGACGGUGCGCUCCGCGCGAUAGCCCAGCAUCUGCCGAAGCUGCAUCUUCUCGACCUGCAAGCAUCGAGGGGGAUCUCUGACUCGGGAGUGAUCGAGCUGGCGCAGAAAUGUACCGCGUUGAAAGCUCUCAAUCUCUGCGAGACUUCUAUCACGGAUGCUGCUAUCACUGCGAUAGCGAACAAUUGUGGAGAUUUAGAAGCGCUAGUCUUGCAGAACUGCGAAAAUCUCACGGACGCCGCACUUCAAGUGGUAACUCUGCCAAAGCUGACAAAGCUUUACCUGGAUGAUUGUCCUGCCAUCUCUGACGCUGGCUUGAUAGAACUGUCUCGGCAAUGCACCGCGCUAAAGUCACUUAGUAUCCGCAGCACUUCCAUCACUGAUGCCGCCGUUUCUGCGGUCGCGAGGAAUUGCCCCGAUCUUGAGGAACUGCAAGUUGAAAACUCUCAAGUCACCGACGAAUCGAUUAUAUCGCUUCUACAGCACUGCGCUCACCUGACCCAGUUGGACUUUGACAGGACUGGUAUCACUUUGAUCUCUGACGCGGGAGUGGUCGAGCUGGUGCAGAAAUGUACCGCGUUGAAACAUCUCGAUCUCAGCGGGAAUCUUAUCACCGAUGCUGCUAUCACUGCGAUAGCGAACAAUUGUGGAGAUUUAGAAGAACUAGUCGUGGAGAACUGCGACAGUAUCACGGACGCCGCACUUCGA